AUGCUGCUCAAGACUCUUUCAAGCCACAUUCGGCUUCAUCCCGAAGACCUCGAUCGAUCCUCGCAAAAGCUAACGUGCACCUCCAAGCGUAUUACCGAAGUCGAUAUCAACCCCUCCGCCCUCUGCCGGCUUGUCGCCAAGGGCUCCAACAAGGUCCAAGCCAUGGCCCGCGCGUACGUCGCGUUAUUAACAGCGGAAGCGGACCCCAACAUCCAACCCAGGGGAUUAUCCCCCGGACCUUCCAACCGCCUCGCGCCGCCGACGGAGGAUUCUUAUCUCAACCUGGUGCUGGCCUUUUCCCUUCACACGGUGCUGCUGUCCCGCAAUCGCCUGACUCGGACCCUGGGGUGCGUGCAGUUCCGAAAUGUGGUGCGGCUUUCCCUUCUGGGGAACGGCCUCCGCCGCGUGGAGGACUGCGAGCCCCUCGGCCUCCUUUCCCAACUCACGUAUUUAUCCCUGGAGUUCAACCCGGUCACCGCCCUCCCGCACUAUCGCGCGCAUUUGCUCCGAAUUUGCAGCUUUCCCCAUUCCCUCGAGGACGGCAGAUGCCGUCUUCGCAAACUCGACGGGGGUACUGUUCGCAUGGCAGAGAUCACGACCGCCGCGCUUUGCCUUCAGCGGGAGAUGGGGCUUCUUCCCGAGCUCCUCCAGCGACACCACUUGGUUUCUUUUCUCACGCAUGUCGAAAAAACGAUGCGCGUGCAUGAGGAGAUGCGAAAGUGUGGAAUCGUAAUUCACUGUCUUCAAACGGACAAGAAACUUGAUGAGAUUGUCAAGCACUGCUCAAAGGCGGUGCUGGGUAAAUGUGGAAUUGAGGAAACGGUCCACACCACCCAGCUACUCAUCGCACAAUACCUCAAAAGAUUUAAAAAUAAUCAAAAAAAUGUCAACUUUAUGGAUUCUAGCAAUCAUGAGGGGAAUCCAAUGCAGAUAUCCGCGUUUUCUUCAAACCUUACCGUGAAUGAGUCCGUGGAAAUGCGAAUGGGGUCGAAUGGGAGUGUGAUUAGCGUGUUAGACGAGGCUUCAGAGAUCCUUUUGGAGGAUCUGCAGUGGAGUAAAGACACCUUGCGGAAUGCCGGAGCAGUGAGGACUUGUUCGAACUGCAAAGUAUGCUCUCAAGAAGUCUUUUGUCGACUUGUAUCGAUGUUAGACGUGAAGGUGUGCGCAUGUCUACUGAGAAUUGCGCGAUUGCUAGGAUUAUCGCUUUUCUCCAAGGAUGUCGAUGCGCUGUGUGGGACGUGGCUUUCCACUGUGUUGAACACUGAGGAAACAAUCCUUGCGGAUAUUUACGCAAAGAAGACGCAAACAACCCCCAACAAGGGCUAUCCAAAGCGCUUGCAUAUGAGUAAAUCACGUUCAAUAAAUAAAAAAUUAGAAAAUAUACAAGAAAUGGAUUUCCAUAGGCAAAUGAAAAAGACACCAAAAACCAUUGAUAUUGUCGAGUGUCGUUCUCGGUCGUCAUCUCUUCUCUCGCCUUCAGAGCAUACGCCUCCAAUGGAGGAAUCCGUGGCCAAACCCAACCUCUUCUGUGAACUCUUUCCAGAGAAUAAUGUAGAAACCCACGAAGAAGAAACCCCGAGUAUGCGCUCAGCACCGCUUAUCGAACAAACCCUCUCCUCCGCGAGCAAGAGCACUCUGGGAAAAUCGGAAAAAGACCCUGAAAAUCCAAGAUCCCUAGCUGAAGAUGAAAAAACUAUUCAAAUGGAAAGCGAUUCGGUUACUAAAACCGAAGAAUUAGCGGAGCUUACUCCACUUCAGGCAUGCCUGACGCCAUCCUACCCAUCCCCAGAUGCAUCACGUCUAGGAAAAAAUAUCAUGGAGGUAUUAAAUUCGAAAUCAACUCCAAGCGAUUGGCGUACAAAUAAAUCCAGCGAAGAUGAGGAAUCGCGCCUUCAGAUUUUAUCCAAUGCUCAUCUGACAGCGAAAAAAAGGUUGGUUUUUAGGGUCUGGAGGGAAAUACUAUUGAGAAAUAUUCUUCUGAGAAAAUUUUACCAAUGCGUCUCUACUAGGAUGAAGAGUACACCGAUACUACGGUGGGUCUCUAGUCUCUCUAUGCUUCGUUUGGUCUUUGACUUGACUUAUUUAGAGCGAAAAAGGGUCUUUUUCACGAUGUGGAAGCAACGAAAGGAUGAAAUACAAGUGAUUCGUAAUACACGAAAGUGUGUUUUCCUCCGUCUUUGGUAUCGACAGGCACGUACGGCGAGGCUGUGUAAAGAGAUCCACUACAAAUUCAAUAGGCGACGUGCGGAGGAGGUGCUUAGUAUUUGGAAGAGGAGUGCAAUGAUGGAAAGUGAAAGACGGUUUAGGGAAAGUAAAACAAAGGGGAUUCAAGGCCCUCUGCAGCCUCCACCCGCGAUGAUGGCUUCUCCCAUAAACGGAAAAAAUCAGAAUCACCUCAUGGAAAAGGAAGAAGGAAGCUGCUUUCGUAGCCAUAUUCAUGAACAUACAUCCUUCGAACGCCACCCUUAUCAAUCGCCAGCCUCGAACCUCACCUUCCAUUCCUUCCACAGCUUUAAAGAUGAAGUUCAAUCCCCCUCCUCCUCUUUCCCUCCUACCGAAAGGAAGAAAGUACGGACACCAUCAAAAGCGCCUCCAGCUUCUUCGUAUGAGGAAUGUUCUUUGGGUGUGGAAGUUGCUAUGGCCGAUAUUAGGGUUAGCCACCCUUUUUCUGAAGAAGACGUCGCCGCUUUGGUAGAAAAAGCCUCCUUUCUCUUAAAAGAUCGCGAGGUUCUGGUAAAGCGUCUGGUAGAUCAACUCGUGGAGUGUGAAAAGGCUCGCGCGGUAUCACGCUGGUAUAAGGAAAAAGUGGUAAUGCUUCAGAGCGAUAUGAAUAAACGUGUGCAGCGUGAGGAGGAGGAGCGACGUGUCCGUCAAGAAUACGAAAUCGAGCUGAAGCAUCUUCGCAAAUCCGUGGAGGAGCUACGACAGGAACGUCGGGAGUGGUUCGACAAACUCACACCCUGUGAAAUCGGGUUUCGAAAAUAG